UGUUACUGGAUCCCGACUAUGAUAACCUAGACAUCAUAUAAACACCCUAGACAUGGCUAUUUAUUUUCGCCAGGGUUCGACAGCCGCAGGCCAUUUCAAUCUUCUAUUCGACACAACUGCGUGAUUGGUGUCGGCCAUCCAGAGUCGAGAGGCGCGUUCUCCUCAUACGCAAAUGACAUGACGAUAUGAGUGCUCCAUUGCUUGGAACAGAUGUUGACCAAACCACAACAACAUUUAUCAGAUCAAAUCUUGCUUUAAAGUUCGCAGUCCUAUGGCUCAUUCUGGCGGCCGUAUUUUUAAUAAUAAUAAUCAAUAUAAUGAUAAUUUUCCAUAAUUUUAAUUAUUUAUCGCUGCUGUAUUUUCAUAUCAGAAUCAUUUUCUAAGAGAGCCCUAGGAGAGUGAACUAGUACUGACAAGAGGUCUCAUGUUACUUAAGGUCUGCUUAUUUGGCAUAAUCGGAUGACAGGGUUUUUUUUUUUGGUAAAAUAAAGUCUAAAUUUUACCUUCAUGAAUGAUAAUAAUUUAAUGGAAAUGGCGAACUAAGUGUAGUGGAAGGGUAAAACUAACCAAUUUGAAAUUGUUACCUAAAUGAUCAGUUUCUGUGGUUCAAUAAAAUACCUUGGUGAUAUAUAUAUAUAUAUAGUCCUGCCCCGUAUUCUCGCCGAAUAACGUGGCGUCUAUUGCCUUACCUGAAUUUGCUUAAUUAUGAGAGAGUUUACCUUAUUUCGUAACUGUUUCUGUUGUAAAAGAGAGAACUGAAAAUGAAUUAUAAAAAAGGCUGGAGCGGUUUCUGCUGAUCGGAACGCGCAUGUGUGACUAUCACUGCCAAAAAAAAUCAGUAUAUUUACAAAUGGACGAACAAAGAAGCUCCGCGCAUGAUGCCGAUUGAGAUUACAGUGAAGAAUAGGCAUGGAUAUUAGAAUUAGUUUGAGCUGAUAAUGCUUAGGCGUAUUUGGAAGUAUCUGUUUGUUUAAGUCUCUCUACGGGAAUUCGAGCGGGUACAUUGCGUACAUUUGGAAAAUAAUUGUAACGAAGAGCAAGAAACGAAACAACGAUCAUCAAAUGGCCCCAAAAUUCGCUCCGCCAGACCACCUCCAUGAGCAGGUCCAUACGCAGGUUCAAACUGUGGCCGUAGUGACGCAUGAGAUCGCAGGGCCGCUCCAGACGAUACACCAUCAGCCAGAAGAGGAAACGCACGAGAAUCCCGAGCAUAACGAAGCACAGGACCAGUAUACAGAAGAAGAUCACCAGGCAGAACAAGACACCUCGGCAAGCCAAACAUCAACCGGUGGGACAGGUACAAAAUACCGCUAUGAUCGACAGUGUCCUUCUUGCGGAAAUGUGCUCAGCACACUGUACGCUCUCAAGUUGCAUAUUGCAAAAAAGCACCCCGAUGAACAGGAAGAUUUGAUCCCGUUAAUCAAGCAGACUCAGUGGCGAUGCAUGCAGUUCCCGUGCACCGUUGAUAUUAAUUGUGCUGCCGUCUGUAAGGGACGCAAAGAACUUCUUGAGCAUAUGCAAAAUGACCACGGAGUAGCUGUUGAGUGGAUCGAUCACAGCUUUAGUACACGCGAUGAGUUCGAAUCUUUCAGAAGAGAGCUGAAAAGCAAUGGAACCGUCUUUAUUAAAGCCACGUCCAGGUAUAAACAGGCUGUCGGAUGGGCCGUCUACCGGUGCAAUCGAGAAGGAAAUAAGGACGAACGAAAAAAUCGGCCACGAUCAUCAACUGGUGGUCGGUCAUCGUCAAUUAAGAUCGGCACAUUUUGUACAGCCUACUGUAAAGUAUAUUACGAGGGUGAAGGUAUUCGUGCCUUUGGCAGUACCACACACGUUAAUCACGAAGUCAACGGUCAGUGGCCAGAACAUACAAUGCGUGCUCCUGAACCCGAAGAACGGCUUUUGGAGGUUACACGGGAUGAUGGUACGGUUACCCAUCAAAUUGUGAAAGUGAUCGAGGAGCCAGCCGCUCAACCAGGCGCCACUGCUAGAAGUAUGCUUCGAUGCGAAGAAGAUCAGAUCCUAAUUUCUACUGAAGACUCGGAUUCGGGUGGGCAUUUGAAGCUGGAUGCACUAGUCGUGGAAGGAGUAGAGGAGCUACGCACUAUCUCUGAGGAAUGUCAGGCCGAACCUAUGGUUAUUUAUGCUGAUCGCCUUCGUAAAUUCUAUAGAAAUUUAGGUGAAGCCGUAAGCAGAAUUGUGGGCGAUGAUUUUAAAGCCAAAAGGCGGAGUAUGUCGACUCAGAACACCGCUGCACCCGGCGCACCGAAGAUGCUGAAAAUUGCAAAUGAAUAGAUUCUACAUUAUAUAACUAAUAUGAUUGCAAACAAUAUCAAUAUAUUGGUAUAUAAGCAUGUAUAGAUAGAAAAAAAUAAGGAGGGCUAAGUAACGUAUAUAUAUACGUAUAUACCUAAUCAUUUAAGUUCCGCUUACCGCUUCUGUGAGAAUAAAUUCUAUUUUCAUUUUCUAUAGAAUGUCCCGAAAUCGAGCUGCUCUAACUUAAAAUAAGGUAGCCAAGGUGUAUAGAUUUUAAUAUUUUUUCAUCAAAAUUAAGUUUUUGUCAAUGUAUUCUUUUCGUUUGAGCGGGCCUAUGUAAACAUAAAUACCUAAAAAUUUGCUGACCUUGUGACAAGGAGUAGUGACUACACAGUAUUUGUUUAAAAGUACUCGUAUUACACGAAUUACAUUACGAACCCAGGCUAUUCUCAUUGUGAUCUUCUUACUUAUAAAAAUGGCUACCGGAUAUUUUGUUCAAAAUAGUUUAUAGAGAUACACUGUAUACUGUGUCGAUCAUGAAUGUAGCCAUCUUCAACAAUCUGACAGAAUAUGCGCACGUAAUGUAUUAAUAGACUCAAAUAAAAAAUUCCUAGCCGCGUUCAUAGUUCGAAGAAAUAAGUAUAUAUGCUGGCACCGGAUAUCCUAACCAAUUUUUUACGGCUCAGUCAACAAAAAGCAAUGAAGCGAUACCGGGUGCAGUACUGGAAAUCAAAUAUAAGGACUCAGGUCAGAAAUUCAAGAAUUUUGACAAAUUUAAAUAGCAAGUUAAGGUAUGUGUGAUAUAUAAUCUGCGUAAUAUGAUUAUCUUAUAUAAAAAAAACGGGGUUACGCUGAGUAUAAAUAAUAGGAAUUAUGUUCAGGGAACUACGUGAAAAACUACGGGACGGUACUAAGGUGGUUACAUCAAAUAUAUAACAGGUAGACUCGUUAUAUAACUACUAUCAAUUUUAUCAUACGGUAAAAAAUCGAGAGGCGCUAAUAAAACGCGCUUGAUUUUCGCAUAUUCAAUGAUUUCGCGACAUGUGCCCUAUCUGCCUUAAUCUGACUAGUUUUAUAUCUAGAAUUAAUAUUUCGCUGUAUAGCAAAUAUAGUAUCAUGGUUCAUUUUGUAUUUAACUGAUUAAUUUUUCAAGUUCUGCAGAGAAUGCAAGCAAAACUGGACCUUUAAUGCAAAUCUACUAUUACUAAUAAUUAGUGAAGGGGCAUGUUUUAUUGAAAUAUAUUUAGUUUUACGAGAUAGGUGCACAGCAGCUAUUACCUAGGGCUUCGCAUGUUUUCAAGAGUUCCAAAAGAUUUGAUAUAUAUAUAUAUAUAUAUAUAUAUA